AUGGAUGUGAAUUCGUUUUCGACGUCCAGUUGUCCAGUUGGAGAUACGAUAAGCCUGGCUGCGGUCACGUCGUCUCCUACUAUUUGACCUUCCUGUAUCCUGCAGCUCAGUGUGCUACAGUGGUCAUCAUUGAUACACUUGCGUUCUUCGCUAUUGCCAAAGAACUCAAAAAAUCCUCGAAGUUAUCAAAAGCAGCCCCGGAGGCCACGAUGCUCAGAAAGAACAUCAAUCUGUUUUAUACAGGAAUGCAGUCACUCAUCAGCGAAUUAAUAUGGCAUUUUCUUCUUUUCUUCACGUUUCCUUUACGCGUUGGCGAGAAGGAUGGCUUUUGGCAUAGGCUAAACAUCAUCGCUGGGAACGAUGCCAACUCUAUGGAGGACCGUCAUAGGGAACUGUACUUUAGAAAGGAAAGCGAUUGUGUCAUCAGCAUGUUACGAGUGAGAGAGAAAGAGAAAGUGCUAUUCAUCGCACAUCAUAGUUCAUUCAAGGCUCCAGAAGCUGUGUUAAAAUUGGUUACAACAAUCAGAGGCGACGUUGAGCGUGCUGAUCGCA